AUGCUCAACAAAUUACCACCACAUAUGGUUGAAGAUAUCAUCAAUUCUUUGCCUGUUGACAAACUUCUCUUAUUCUCUUUAUCUGAUAACGGUCUCUUUGCGAUGCUAGCUAUUAAAAAGCUAUUUGAAUCUAUUUUCAUAAAUAAACCAUCAUCAUUAAACUCAAAAUCAAAUACAGAUCCAAACAAAUUAAAUAGAUUAGUUAUUGGUUCUAGAGAUAUAAUUUUUUUUCAAUCUAGAAUCCAGAUUUUAACCAAGAAAAUUAACAUAAACAUUAAUGAUUUUUCAAUCUCAGAUUUCAGAAAUCCAAAUAAAAUCAAUUCGAUAAUUUACCAGAGAUAUAAUAAAACUAUCCUAAAAUUAAAUCCCCGUAUUCUAAAAUCUUUAAAAAUAAACGUGUUAAACGACAAAAGAUGCAGGCUUAAUCUUGAUAAAAUUCUAACCUAUUCGUUAAAUGUCAUUUUUGACAAUAAUAUGGAUUACUCUCAGUUGAAAAUAAUAAAACUAAACAACUACAAACUUUCCAUCGAACAUCUAAAUGCUUCACACAACAAAAAUAAUAAUAAUGACAGAAUCUCCCAAGACCACGACAAUAAAACAAAAAACAAAUUCAAUUACAACAAAUCAAUCAAUCACACUCACUUUUAUUACGGCGGAAACGACAGCAUCAACCACUGCUUUUCAAACUUAAAAUCGUUGGUAUCAACAGAUUUUUCUUUCAACAGAAUAUCCUACAACUUCUAA